AUGGUACAAGUAUACCGCAAGACGCAUGAGUACUCCGACCCACCAGCGACCUCCAUCCUAGCCUUCUUCCUUCGCUACCCAAACCCCUUCGCGCGGCACGUCCUUUCGGUCGACGUACUGUCGCGCUACGUCCACCCCGAGACCGGGCGGCUGCAUACACAGCGGCUCAUUCUGAAGCGGGGCAUAUUGCCGAAAUGGGCUACGAGCUGGUUGCCGAUCUCUGGUGCCGCCGGGGGUCUGGACGCCUGGGUGCUGGAAGAUAGCGUGGUGGAUCCGCCAGGAUGGGACGGACGGGAUGGGGAACCCAAGCUUGAGUCCCACCAGGGAAAUCUGAAUCACAAAAAGUUCAUGCACGUCAUGGAAGGAGGGCAAUUGGAAGCUGGUCCAAGAGGGAACACCAUACAUCGCACCACCGCCGAGGUCCGCUCGGAGCUCGGAGGCCGCUGGUCAUCUAUGCUUCGGACCAAGAUCGAAUCGUACGGAGUCGGCAAAUUCGAGGUCAACUCGGAGACUGCUCGGAAAGGCAUGUCGCUCGUCCUCUCCCUCCUGAGAGAUAGGCAGCCACUACCAGAUACGAUGGAGUUCUAUCCGCCUCCACCACCUGGCUUCGGAGAAAGCUGGGAGAGACCAGCGGAGGGUCAAGGGGAAGUAGGCGCGGUUACGGGGAGCAGGAGAGCGUCAAGUUUCUUCUUGUCUCCGGGGAGCUUGGCGUGGUUGAGGAGAGGGAGACCAAAAGAGGGCGAGGGAGAAGGCAGUCCGGUAUCAUAG